AUGAAUUCCAAAACCUAUUUACUAGUAAUAUGCGUUAUUUAUCACCAAUUCAAGGAUACCAAAUCAUCGCGUUCAUUUGAUAUACGCUGGACCAAAGCGAAUUGCACCAUUAUGGAUGUCACCUGGAUGAGUUUGUUUGUGUGUCCCAUUAAGGAGAUGCCUAAAAAUCGUGGCAACUAUUUGCAGGUGCUCUUCAUGCCCAAACAGAAUAUCAGUGGUAUUAUAAUGGAUUUUACCAUCAGUGUUCCGCAACCAAAUAAACAUAAAAAUGUAGAUUUUUUGAAAUUUCGCACUGAUGCCUGUAAAUUGAGCAGCUUUCAGAGUAAAAAUCCCAUGGUAGCAGCGAUUUUUAAGAAUCUAAUCAAGGGAGAUAACUUUCCAAGUAAUUGUCCUCUAACAGCAAGAAAUUUCGAUAUAAUAUUUAACAAAUCGAAUUGUUCCGUAACGAAUGCUGAAUAUGUGAUAGGAUAUGAAUGUCCCAUAGUGCAGUUGCCAAGGAAUCAAGGCAACUAUAUAAGUGGCUAUGUUAUGUAUAGAAAGAAUAUAACAAAGCUGUUAAUUGAUUUCCGGGUGCAUAUGAUACAAGUGGGCAAAGCAGAUGUGGAGGUUAUGAAACUUAAGGUGGAUGGCUGUAAAUUGUCUACGUUUAAGUCCAGCAAUCCGGUGGUGUCGGCUAUUUUAAAGAAAUUGAGAUAUGGUGGUAAUUUUCCCAAAAGUUGUCCCUUUAUGGCGAAUGUCAAUUAUACUGUGGCCCAUUUUGCCAUGAAUCCUGAUUACUUUCCGCCUAUAACACCGGAAAUGAAUUUUAGCACUAAAGUUAAUAUGUAUAUGGGCAAAAUACAUUUAAUAUCGGCCGAAAUUCAUGCCUCCAUUAUUAAGAAAGGAAAGUUUUAAAUAAAGUUUUAAGUU